CCUACUUUAGCGUCAACAUUGGGCAACGCACGCUUGUCGAAUUUUUAGUUUGCGCUGUUUGGCAUUCGCCGGUAUUUGCUGAACACACACCAUGGAUGCCGACUUGUAUGACGAGUUCGGCAAUUACAUAGGACCGGAGCUUGAAAGCGAUUCAGACGACGAUGAAACAGAUCGGUACGAGCGCCAAGAUGCUGAUGCUCAAGAGAUGCAAGAGGAUGAUGAUAUGGAUGGCGGCAGAGAUGACGACGACAUGGGAGACAUGCAGGUUGUGUUGCAUGAAGAUAAAAAGUACUACCCUUCUGCAGUGGAAGUGUAUGGACCUGAUGUUGAAACAAUUGUGCAAGAAGAAGACGCCCAACCAUUGACAGAGCCCAUCAUUGCUCCCAUAAAGCACCGAAAGUUUUCCUUUGUGGAGCAGGACCUGCCCUUGACAACCUACGAUCUUGAGUUCCUGACUGAUCUGAUGGACAACUCUGAGCUGAUACGCAACGUGGCUCUUGUUGGGCACCUUCAUCAUGGCAAGACUUCAUUUGUUGACUGCCUGAUAGAGCAAACUCAUCCUCACUUGCGAGCAAAGGAGUGCAAAAAUCUCAGGUACACUGACACACUGUACACAGAGCAAGAGAGAGGAGUGAGCAUCAAAGCCAGCCCUGUCACACUUCUGCUGCAAGACCUCAAACAGAAAUCUUUUAUUUUGAAUGUCUUUGACACACCAGGUCAUGUCAAUUUUUCUGAUGAGGUGACUGCAGCUAUCAGGCUGUGUGAUGGUGUUGUGAUCUUCAUUGAUGCAGCUGAAGGAGUCUGUCUAAACACAGAACAGCUGCUCAAGCAUGCUGUCCAAGAGAAGUUGGCCAUCUGCAUUUGCAUCAACAAGAUUGACAGGCUCAUGCUUGAGCUAAAAUUGCCGCCCCAAGAUGCCUAUUACAAGCUGAGAAACGUCAUUGAUGAGAUCAAUUCUUUGAUCACGCUAUACUCUGAGGACCCUGAACAGCAGCAGGUGUCACCACUUUUGGGCAAUGUUUGCUUUGCCAGCUCUCUCUACAGCCUCUGCUUCACACUGCGUUCAUUUGCCUGCAUGUACUCACAAACCUUUGGUGGAGUGAAUGUUACAGAAUUUGCAAGGCGGCUCUGGGGAGACAUCUACUUCAGCAACAAAACACGGAAGUUUACAAGGAAGCCCCCUCACAGCUCAGCACAGAGGAGCUUUGUGGAGUUCAUUCUGGAGCCUCUGUACAAGCUUUUUGCACAGGUGGUUGGUGAUGUGGAUGAGUGUCUGCCCAAGCUCCUUGAUGAGUUGGGAGUCAAGCUGUCCAAGACGGAGAUGAAGCUGAAUGUCAGACCUUUGCUGCGUCUCAUCUGCUCUCGUUUCGUUGGGGAAUUUGCUGGCUUUGUUGACAUGUGUGUCAAUCAUGUGCCGUCACCUGCUCACGUCACUCGAGAGAAGAUUGAAUGCAUCUAUACGGGCCCUCUGGAAUCCGAGCUUGGGGAGGCCAUGCUUAAGUGUGACCCUGAGGGCCCACUGAUUGUGCACACCACGAAGCAAUACUCAACUCAGGAUGCCACAAGUUUUCAUGUGUUUGGACGUGUAAUGAGUGGCACGCUUAACGCCAAUCAAGAUGUGCGCAUUCUUGGUGAGAAUUAUACAUCCACGGAUGAAGAGGACUCCCGUGUGUUAGCUGUUGGCAGACUCUGGGUCCAUGAAUCAAGGUACAAGGUCGAAGUGAACAGGGUUCCAGCUGGCAACUGGGUGCUCAUGGAAGGCAUCGACCAACCAGUGGUGAAGACCUCAACCAUAGUAGACAUUGGCAUUCAAGAGGAGCUUUUCAUCUUUCAUCCCUUACGCUUCUGCACGCAUUCUGUCAUCAAAAUUGCUGUGGAGCCUGUGAACCCAUCCGAGCUGCCGAAAAUGCUGGACGGUUUACGGAAAGUCAACAAAUCAUAUCCCCUUGUGAACACCAAGGUGGAAGAAUCUGGUGAACAUGUCAUCUUCGGAACAGGAGAACUGUAUCUCGACUGUGUGAUGCACGACUUGAGGAAGAUGUAUUCAGAAAUUGAUAUCAAGGUUGCUGACCCAGUAGUCUGCUUCUGUGAGACAGUUGUGGAAACUUCAUCGUUGAAGUGUUUUGCAGAAACUCCUAACAAAAAGAACAAAAUCACCAUGAUUGCUGAGCCGCUGGAAAAGGGCUUGGCAGAGGACAUUGAGAAUGAGGUGGUGCAGAUCACGUGGAACCGGAAGCGCCUAGGAGAAUUUUUCCAGACAAAAUAUGACUGGGAUCUGCUUGCAGCUCGUUCCAUCUGGGCAUUUGGACCUGAUGCUACAGGCCCCAAUAUUCUUGUGGAUGACACCUUGCCCUCUGAGGUUGACAAAGGGCUUCUCAGUAUGGUGAAAGACAGCAUCGUCCAAGGUUUUCAGUGGGCCACACGAGAAGGGCCCCUUUGUGAAGAACCCAUCCGUAACUGCAAGUUCAAGAUCUUGGAUGCUGUAAUAGCAAAUGAGCCAAUUCACCGUGGGGGUGGCCAGAUCAUCCCAACGGCUCGACGUGUGGCAUAUUCUGCAUUCUUGAUGGCUACUCCACGACUCAUGGAGCCGUAUUACUUUGUGGAAGUGCAGGCCCCUGCUGACUGCGUCUCGGCUGUCUACACAGUUCUUGCUAGGAGGAGAGGUCACGUCACACAAGAUGCGCCUGUCCCUGGGUCUCCACUAUACACAAUCAAGGCUUUCAUUCCAGCCAUUGACUCAUUUGGGUUUGAGACUGACCUCCGGACACACACCCAAGGCCAAGCCUUCUGCCUCUCGAUGUUUCAUCAUUGGCAGAUUGUGCCUGGUGAUCCCUUGGACAAAAGUAUUGUGAUCCGUCCCCUUGAGCCGCAACCAGCUCCUCACCUUGCAAGAGAGUUCAUGAUCAAGACACGCAGGAGGAAGGGGCUGAGUGAGGAUGUCAGCAUCAACAAGUUCUUCGACGACCCUAUGUUGCUGGAGCUUGCAAGGCAGGAUGUCAUGCUGUCGUACCCAUUGUAAACUACCAGAAUAUUAUGUGUAUAGUUUCCUUUUCUCAUCAGUUUCACAGAAUAAAUGCAUCAUCUUUCCAUACUUUGUAUGGGACACUUGA